AUGCCACCAAAGAAGGAUCAACAAAAGGAACAACAACAAAAGGAACAACAACAGAAAGAGCAUCAACAUCAUCAUUCACCUAUUAUUGCUAUAGACUUUGGUACACAUUAUGCUUGUGUUGGUGUGAUGAAGAAUGAUCGUGUGGAGAUAUGUCCCAAUCAACAGGGUAAUAGGACGACUCCGGCCGUGGUGGCCUUUGUCAACGAUGACAAACUGGUCGGCGACGAAGCCAAGGGACAGAUUGACAGGAACCCCCAGAACACCGUCUACGACAUCAAGAAGCUGCUGGGCCGUCGCGCCGACGACGCCGCUCUGCAGGCCGACGCCAAGAAGUUGCCAUUCAAGGUGGUGGGCGAGACGGACAAGGUGGCCAUCGAGGUCGCCUUCAAGGGCAAGCAGGUGCAGGUCUCGCCCGUCGAGAUCGCCACGCUCAUCCUCCAACAGAUCAAGACGACCGCAGAGAACUUUGUAGGCGUGCCCGUCAAGCGCGCCGUCAUGACCGUGCCCUCAGAGUUCAAUGAGGACCAGCGCAAGAGUCUCAGAGACGCCGCCACCGCUGCCGGUCUCACCGUCAUCAGAUUCAUCAACGAGCACUCGGCAGUCGCACUCGCCUACGGUCUCGAUCAAACAGUCUCUAGCGACAACAACAACACAAAUGGCAGCAGCACCCCCCCAAACAACAACGUGUCAUCUGGUAACCAGCGCGUGCUGGUCUUUGACUUGGGAGGCAGUGGCUUGCAGGUGUCUGUGCUGGGCGUGGUCGACGCCACCAUUGAGACGCUGUCCAACGUGGACGAUCAUACACUGAGCGGUGAGGCGUUCGACGCCGCGCUAACCAAGCACUUUGUGGCCGAGUUCUCCAAGAAGUACCGCGGCUGCGACAUCACAGAGAGCGCGCGCUCAAUGUCCAAGCUAAAGAGCGCCAGUGAGAAAGCCAAGCGCAACCUGUCCAACAUGCCACAGGCAUCGCUCGAGCUGGACAGUCUGUACGACGGCCGCGACUUCUUCACAUCCAUCUCUCGUGCCAGGUUCGAGGACCUGGUCGGCGACCUGGUGCGCGGCUGCCGUCGCACAAUCGAGUCGGCCCUCUCCGCCGCCAAGACAUCACGCGAUCAGAUCGAACGCAUCAUCAUGGUGGGCGGCGGCUCGCGUAUGCCCAUCGUUCAGUCGGUUAUCACCGACUUCUUUGGCGCCAAGGUUGAGGUGCUCAAGAACAUCUCACCAGAGGAGGUCGUCUGCUACGGCGCCACGUUGCAGGCCCACCUGAUGAGUCUGCACGGCUCCUCCGUCAACGAGAAGAAGGUAGCCAACGGCGCUCCAUUCUCCAUGGAGGCGCUGCCCUCGAGCAUCGGCGUGGAGGACGCGCUCGGUCGCUUCGUGCCCGUGCUGCCCGCCCGCACACGUCUGCCCGCCGUGCGCACACUCUCCCUGACCAAUGAGCAGGACAACCAGAAACACAUCCACUUGAGUCUCCAUCUGCAGACCCAAGACGCCACCACUGGUGCAUCCAUCCCAGUUACCGAUUGCACGCCACUCGCCAGAUUCAUCUUUGACAUCGUACCAGCACCACGUGGAACCAGCAAGCUACAGAUCAAGAUCGAGGUGGACAACGCAGGAGUUAUGGUAUGUUCAUUAUCGUCGCGAGUGGAAAUAGUAUGUCUCCCGCCACACUGA